AACACAAAAAACAAUAACACAUUUUUCCUUCUCAAUAUCCUUCUUCUCUUAUUCUUCAAAGUCCUUCUACUACCUUUCAAUAGGCAAAGCCAUGGGGUUCCUAAAAGCAAUAAUCAUCAUAGCAAUAACCAUGGCUUUGUCCCUAACAAUCACAAUGAAAACCAUCAUCACACAAGACGAAGCGGAACCAACAUCGAUUCAUCGCGAUUCUUCCUCGUCACUAAUCUUCCAUGAGAAAAACAAGCUUCUUCCUUCAAAGAGGGUAAGUCGUCUCCUAGCACAAAACCCUAACGCACCGAUUCAUUGUCACAAGGACGACGAAAUUUGCGACGUUUUUGGUGCUAAGAAUGCUACAUGUUGCAACAAUAAGUGCUUGUAUUUGGCAUAUGAUAAGCAUAAUUGUGGUGCAUGCAAGAAGAAAUGCAAAUACACUCAAACAUGUUGUAGAGGAGAAUGUGUUGAUACAGAUUAUGAUAAGAGGCAUUGUGGAGAGUGCAAUAACCGGUGUAAAAAGGGUGAGUAUUGUGUCUAUGGAAUGUGCAAUUACGCCUAAGAUAUUAUUACUAUUAUUAUUAUUUAUUAUUGAGUCUCCAAUAUAGGGUCUUAUAUUAUUAUACUAUUAUUAUACGAGGUUUGUGAUUUUAUUAAAAAUAUUCAAUAAAAGAAACCACAUUUGUGGUGGUGUUCUCAAAUAAAUUAUAUUGAUAUAGUCUAUAUAAUUGUUGCUGCUUAAAUUUGCAGUCCUCGAGUGUUACUUAAAGUAAAGUGAUACUCCUAACUACAAGAAAAAAAAAAUUGAAUAUAUGUAUUUUAUAUAUCUUUUAUUGGCUCAUCAAUAUUAGAUGUUUUGUAGUUCUGUCUCUCAAUUAGUACUUUUUGGUACA